UCGCCAAAUCUAGGAGAGGAGAGAGAAAUUCAAGACGCUCGCUAUCUCCUCCAACGGGCAAAUUCGUUCAAAUUCAAACCUCUAGGGUUCUCUCAUGCAUCGCUGGUCUGGAAUUCAACUGGAUGUGAACAAAUUUUGUGGCUAUUAUGCUGAAAUUGAAAGGACAAGAGCAAGUGGUACAACUGAACAAGAUAGGAUUGUGGAAGCCAAACAAAAGUUUAGGAGGGAGCGAGGAUACAACUUUACAUAUGAGCAUUGUUGGCAUGUGUUGAAGUUCCACCCGAAAUGGAACUUGGAACUCUCUAGGAAAAAACCAAAGAAAACUCAUGCUACGGUUCCUGCUACUUCGUCUCUUAUCACUCCAUCUGCUAGCCCAGAUACAAUAAAUUUAGCUGAUGGCAAUGUUGAAGGCAAUGAGUCUCCAUGCUUGGAGAGGCCUAUAGGCAAAAAGGCUGCCAAGACCUUGGCAAGGAAGGCAAAAGCUAAAGAGAAAGUGGAAGCAGCCCAAUCUGAAUUAGGAGACUAUUAUGCUCUGAAAGUUGAACAUGCUCAUAAGGAGGAUGAGCAAUUUCAACUGAUGUAUGAUGCAGAACAAGAGAACAUUAAGCUGAGGAAACAAGAACUUGAAAUUCAAGUUCAAAAAGAGGAUAAUGCAAUAAUGGCAAUUGAUACUUCUACAAUGGAACCAAUGCGGGCAGAAUAUUUUAGAGGACUUCAACAGGAAAUCAUAGCAAAAAGAGCUGCUAACGGUAACUAGUUUGGAGUCACCUGUGAAGUGCGAACUAG